AUGAAUCCUCCCUCUACAAAGGUCUCCUGGGCCACCGUGACGCUGCUGCUGCUGCUGCUGUUGCUGCCGCCUGCACUGCUGUCGCCCGGGGCGGCCGCGCAGCCUCUGCCCGACUGCUGCCGUCAGAAGACGUGCUCCUGCCGCCUCUACGAGCUACUGCACGGCGCGGGCAAUCACGCGGCCGGCAUCCUCACGCUGGGCAAGCGGCGGCCCGGGCCCCCGGGCCUCCAGGGCCGGUUGCAGCGCCUCCUGCAGGCCAGUGGCAACCACGCGGCCGGCAUCCUGACCAUGGGCCGCCGCGCAGGCGCAGAGUCAGCGCCGCGCCCCUGCCCCGGGCGCCGGUGUCCCGCUGAGGCUACCUCGUCUGUCGCGCCCGGAGGACGGUCCGGGGUCUGA